CUGUCGCUGCGCCGUCUCCUGGCAACCUGAUAGCAGGAGCGAGACUCUUUUUAUUCCUCUGCGCGCUCCGUAGCCCGGGCAGCCCCGCAACACAAUAAUAAAAGAAAGAUAUUCCCCGCCAUGGCGCUCGUCUCCGCCGACACACAGAUCUCAGAGCUCUUAGGUGAACUUCAUCAACUCAUCAAGCAGACUCAGGAGGAGAGAUCUCGCAGUGAACACAAUCUGCUCAACAUUCAGAAAACUCACGAGAGAAUGCAGACCGAGAACAAGAUCUCUCCAUACUACCGGACGAAGCUGAGAGGUCUGUACACCACUGCCAAGGCUGACGCAGAGGCAGAGUGCGGAAUCCUGCGCAGAGCCCUGGACAAGAUCGCAGAGAUCAAAUCAUUGCUGGAGGAGCGCAGGAUAGCUGUGAAAAUGUCUGGCUUGUAUAGCGAUGCUGACCCCCCCCGGAAGACGAUGAGACGGGGGGUGCUGAUGACCCUAUUGCAGCAAUCAGCCAUGACCCUGCCGCUGUGGAUCGGGAAGCCAGGAGACACUCCUCCGCCCCUGUGUGGCGCUAUCCCGGCCUCCAGCGACUACGUGGCGAAGCCUGGGGAUAAAGUGGCGGCACGGGUGAAGGCUGUGGAUGGAGACGAGCAGUGGAUCCUGGCUGAGGUGGUCAGCUACAGCCAUGCAGCCAACAAGUAUGAAGUUGAUGACAUCGAUGAAGAGGGCAAGGAACGCCACACUCUCAGUCGAAGGCGUAUCAUUCCGCUACCCCAGUGGAAGGCGAACCCCGAGACUGACCCCGAGGCUCUGUUCCACAAGGAGCAGUUGGUGCUGGCGCUGUACCCCCAAACCACCUGCUUCUACCGAGCACUGAUCCACGCACCCCCGCAGAGGCCCCAGGAUGAUUACUCUGUGCUGUUUGAAGACACCUCGUACGCUGACGGAUACUCUCCCCCACUCAACGUGGCCCAGAGAUACGUGGUGGCGUGCAAAGAGAACAAGAAGAAAUGAACGCUAGGCAGAGGAGAGACAACAUGCGUGGGAGAUUACAUUUUUAUAAAUAUUUUUUGUGUGCAUUUUUGUGAAAAAAAAAAAUAAAGAAU